UCUGAUGUGCUAUCGAUGUAGGUUCAAUGUACACAAUGGUGCGUAUUGAUGCUGUGUAGGAUCACUGUACACAACAGUGCGUAUUGAUGCUGUGUAGGAUCACUGUGCACAACAGUGCGUAUUGAUGCUGUCUGGGAUCACUGUACACAACAGUGCGUAUUGAUGCUGUGUAGGAUAACUGUACACAACAGUGCGUAUUGAUGCUGUGUAGGAUCACUGUGCACAACAGUGCGUAUUGAUGCUGUGUAGGAUCACUGUACACAACAGUGCGUAUUGAUGCUGUGUAGGAUCACUGUACACAACAGUGCGUAUUGAUGCUGUGUAGGAUCACUGUGCACAACAGUGCGUAUUGAUGCUGUGUAGGAUCACUGUGCACAACAGUGCGUAUUGAUGCUGUCUGGGAUCACUGUGCACAACAGUGUGUAUUGAUGCUGUCUAGGAUUGGAUUAGCUAUUGCCCUACAAUUGCAUCUCGUUGGCGCGCAGCUCUACAGAGAUGGUGGUUGAAUGCCAAGACUAUGACUACCCAUCAACCUGAGCAGAAACUCGCGGCAUACAGAAUUUCUUCAAUUUGACACAACUAAGUCAGUUUGAACUGAAAACCGCACUGAAAAUCAGAUUCAAUUUUGGAACAUUUUCCGCCGAACGCCACGAUUUCAAAAUGAGAGUAAAGUUACGGACAGUGCUUCUUUAUGCAAUUCUCAUGCUGCUUGUUAUAAUCGUCGGACAACAGUACUCCUACAUGUACCCGGAAAAAAUUCAGCAAGUUCAAAUCACGCAGAGACCGCCGGUACUGAUCACCCGGCCAGUCACACCGAGGAAGGACUACGAAACGCUGUUUAAUUAUUUCCGACGGAAACCUAACGACACGGAAAUCGUCUACAUAAAACGCGUGGAAAUCCAACGCAUGACGAUUCAGCAGAGUUGGCAGUUGAUCGAGAAACUGAAUCAAAAGGUCGACAUGGAGUCGGAUUAUUUGGAAAGCAAGACGAUAAAACCGUGGUGGUACAACUUCCCGCGGAAAACCCACCCGUUCCCACGGGAGAGACCGCGCGAGUAUAAAUCGCCGACUCCGAUGGAGUUUUUCGGGAUAACGUCGGAGGUUAACCGUCGAGAUAUGCACUACUUGAUCAACCAGCCGCAUAUUUGUAAUUGUAAAGAUAUGUAUUUGUUGAUCGCGAUUUCAUCAGAGCCGUCGGCGACGCCGAUGCGGAUGGCGAUUCGCGCCACUUGGGGGCGAUUGCAACGUGCCAACGGACAGGAUAUACGCUUUGUGUUUCUGUUAGGGUCAACGGGGAGCACGUAUCAUCAGUCGCUGAUUGAGGCCGAGGCCGCACAAUACCACGACAUUGUCCAAGGAUCGUUUUUAGAAGCGUACAACAAAUUAACAGACAAAGCGUUAAUGAUGCUGAAAUGGACUUCGAAAUUCUGCUCGAAUGCGAAAUACGUUUUAAAGCUCAACGACAACGUCAUGAUAAACCCGUUCAAAAUUUUACGCUACUUGAAAAAGUUGCACGCCAAGGAUCUAUACUGGGGUAAAGUCGUUUACCUCGACACGCCCCAGGAUAAAAUCGCCGGCCAAGAUCGCUAUGCGUCCAACGUCACAUGGACGGGAAAGACGUUCCCGCCGUAUUGCAUCCGUCCGCAUAUCAUUAUGUCAAUCAAAACAAUUCAAGACAUGAAUCUCAUGUCGCGGCGGACGCCGUGGGUUUUUCCCGACGACAUAUACUUUGGGAUUCUGGCGGAGAAAUUGGGUAUCGCGCUGUACGAUUAUUCCCGCGGAAUCGGGAAAAUUCAAUACGGUCCUGAUCCGGCGGACGUAUUAGCGAACACGACAUCGCCGUUGAUGAUCGUCGAGACCCAUGACAGCGCUCAGAUGACGAACAACCAGCACCGAUUUUGGUUGGCGGUCCAGCAGAAGCUUGGCGACAGGGAUCGGAAGGGGAGCGUCCUGAAUCUACGGGAAAUCACACCGGUCACUAUGGGAGAUGUUUACAUUGAGACGUAAGGAGUGGGUCUGGUGCCCGAGUC